ACCCAGGAAACCUAACUCCAGACCAGAGGAUCUAUAUUGUAGCAAACAGCCCGUCAAUUAUUAACAGACCAGUGCUCUCAUUCCUCCAUCGUAACCAUGGCGCCCAGCAGACUGAAACUCAGCCAGCAGCCUGGGACCUGCAGCCACUGCUGCCUGGAGGAGCAGUUGACCAAUCUGCUCACACAGCGCUGACACUGGGAGCAACUGACUGACCCUUUAUGAAAGGAGUCGCUGCAGAGAGCUCUGAGCUUAGCUCUGGAUGGAUGCAUGAGGGAUUCCACUUUCUAGUUUCUAACGUUGAGUUCUUUCACCAUCAUGCGUGGUGGGAUUAUGGUAUGUUUGACCUCAUCCUCUGACCGACUCACCAGUGGAAAUAUUUAAAGAAGAGAAGACGGCUGCAGCAGCACUGCUGUCAUCAUGAAACUGACUCAGAGACUCAAACUACUGAAGAAAUUUGGCUCUGAGCCCCCGGAGCCCCCACCGCUGUUGGUGGUGCCUAAACCAGGCAUGGAUGAGAUAACGAUAUGGGAGCAGCACACGAUAACCCUAAACAAGGACCCAAAGGUGGGCUUUGGUUUUGCCUUAUCAGGAGGGAAGGACAAGCCAAACCCAGAUACGGGAGAAACAGCUGUGGUGGUGUCAGAUGUUCUGCCGAAUGGACCGGCCAUGGGACGACUCUUCAACAAAGACCAAAUCGUCAUGGUCAAUGGAGUUUCUAUGGAAAACGUUCACUCUAACUACACCAUUCACACCCUAAAGGCAUGCGGCAAGACGGCAAACAUAACAGUAAAACGGCCUCGAAAGAUCCAGAUCCCGGCCACCUCCAGACCGACAAGAGCAGCCUCACAGUCCAACCUGCUGGAUCAAGAUCCUCCCAGACGAACGCGCCGCUACUCUGAUGGCAGCGACAACAGGGACGCGGGACGUUACAACCCCCGCGGCCGCAGCCCCUCGCCUCAGCGUAACGGUUACGGAGCAACACUGCCACUGAUGUCCGGGUACAAGAGGCUGCCGCAGAACAAUGCUCCUGAGAAACCCAUUAAAACCACGCUGAUUAAGAAGAAAAUCACAGACGAGUACGGAUUGAAGCUGGGAAGUCAGAUCUUCAUAAAGCACAUGACAGAAAGCGGCCUGGCUGCAAAGGAAGGCACGCUGCAGGAGGGAGACCUCAUUUUAAAGAUUAACGGAAUGACGACGGAAAAUCUCUCCCUCCUGGAGACCAAGCACCUGGUGGAGAAGAGCCGGGGCAAGCUGACCAUGACGGUCCUCAGAGACGACCGCAAGUUCCUGGUCACCAUCCCUGAGGUGGACGACAGCCCCCCCAACAGCGACGAGGAGCGGCGCAAAGACAGCAGCUCCGAGCUGGAAGACAUUUCAGACAUCGAUGAGGACAUCACCCCUCGUCGGGCAACGCGUCAACACACCCGAGAGAAACGGACCCGCAGAACGAGAGCUGAGCCUCCUCCAAGAGCCAAGUCCAGGGACCCGUCGCCCGUACGCUCCACGCUGAGUCGGCCUCCUCCGAGAUCGUACGCCUCCCGCAGAGCUCCUUCUGAGUCGGAUUCGGACCGCAGUGCCACUCCUCCUCCUCCCGUCAGGAGAGUCAGCCCAGAUAUGAAGGACUCCAGCAAAUACAGAGCUCUACCAGGACUGUCCACCCUCCCAAACCCUCGAUCUUCUCCUGUGAACAACUGGAGCCUGCCUCGGCCUUCCUCCGCCUCCUCAAGGCCACGCAAGCCGGUGUCUGAUUCCGACUCUGACCGCAGCGCGUCCCCACCUCCACGGAGAGAGAGCCCUCUCCCAGAUGCCAGAUACAAAUCUCUCUCCGAUCUUCCCCCCGCCAGCCUCAGAUCCUCCCCCAUACAUAUAAGAGACGAGCCACCAAGAAGGGUCAACUCCCCAGUGAGGAUCCCACCCAGAGGUCUGUACACAUGUCCACACAUCCCUGUCUGGGUACAUGUAGCAUCAGUUCCUGAAAAUCUGCAUGUGUUUCAAAGCAUGAUUAAAAUAAAAAAAAGGUUCAUUCAGAUAUUUACUGGCCAAGAAGCUUUAAAUGCUGAUCAUAGGCGGAUCAUUUUGAGUGGUCACAAUGCAGUUGACCUUCACACAGAGAGCUUCUUUAAGAGAGUCCUGCCCGAGGUUUCUCUGCAGCCUCACGUGGAGCCGCCUCGAUGGAGCGAAACCAGCGAGCAGCCACAGAAAGCUGACUCGGAGCAAGAAUCAGAGGCCAGCUACGCAUCUCCCCCCCCCAGGGACACCUCAGGUAGCGGGAACUCGAACCGAGCCAACAGCAGACGCAGAGUCCUGUCUAAGAAGGCAACUUCAGUCCCUUCAAAGCAGGAUCCUCCACGUCAGGUCAAAUCCCCGACCCGACCGCCCCCCGAUGAGUCCUCAGAGUCGGAUGAGCUUUCACAUCUCAGGAGGUCUGGCAGCUCUGAGGGAGAGGAUCAGCGCCGCAGUGUUCCCCGCGGAGCUAAUGGCGGCGGCGCCAUCCGAUCUGGGAUUUCAGUGAAAAAUAACCCUCAACUCUACUCCAAACCUGUGGAAGAGCCUCUCUAUUUCCUACCUCCAGACUCGUACCCGUCCUCUAAUCCUGGGUAUAGCUCGGAUGUAAAUACGGUGAGGUUUGUUAAAGGCCGCAGUUUGGGCCUAAGACUGGUGGGAGGCAAUGAUGUGGGGAUCUUUGUAGGUGGAGUUCAGCCAAACAGCCCCGCAUAUGAAGAGGGGAUGAAGGAGGGAGACCAGAUCCUGAAGGUAAAUAAUAUCGAUUUUGGCCAUUUCACACGAGAAGAAGCUGCCAACUUCCUCCUGAAUCUCCCAGCAGGAGAGCGGGUGGAAAUAUGCACUCAGAAGAAGAUGGACAUCUACAAGAAGAUCACCAAGUCCAGCCUGGGGGACAACUUCUACAUCCGUACCCACUUUGACUACGAAACGGACGAGCCCCGGGGCCUAAACUUCACCAGGGGAGAAGUGUUCAGGGUCCUAGAUACGAUGUACAAGGGGAAGAUAGGCAACUGGCUGGCUGUCCGCAUGGGGAACGACCUGCAUGAGAUGGAUAAAGGCAUCAUACCAAACCAGGAGAAGGCAGAGAAACUGGCCACCAUCGAGCGCUCACAGCGCUCCACUGGAGAGAGGCAGGGUACCGGGCCCAGAGCGGAGUUCUGGAAACUGCGAGGGCUCCGAGGAAACAAGAAGAACGAGAAGAACAACAGACGAAGCCGGGAAGACCUGCUGCAGCUCACAAUUCAGGGCAAAUUUCCCGCCUACGAGAAGGUCCUCCUGAGGGAAGCUAAUUUCAAACGACCGAUCGUUAUCCUGGGACCUCUGAAUGAUAUCGCCAUGGAGAAGCUGGUCCAUGAGAUGCCUGAUGAGUAUGAGAUAGCAGAAAUGGUUCCUCGCAGCGGAGGAGGAGACAGUAGCUCCACCGUUAUUAAACUGGACACUGUAAGAAGAAUAGCAGAGAAGGACAAGCACCCCCUGCUGGACAUCACUCCAACUGCAGUGGAGCGACUGAACUACAUCCAGUACCACCCAAUGGUGUUGUUCCUGGACCCCCAUAGUCGCAAGGAUGUCAAGACCAUGAGGCAGAGGUACAACCCCAACUCCAACAAGAGCUCCAGGCGCCUUUACUCACAGGCCGUCAAGAUGAAGAAACACGCCAACCACCUGUUCUCAGCUUGUAUAGAGCUGCAGCCCGGCACCCACAAAUGGUACGACACCCUGAAGGACAGCAUCCGGCACCAGCAGUCCAAGCCUGUCUGGGUGUCUGAGGUCACGCUGGAGAGUGGAGGGGAACAGGACUUGGAUGCUCUGGACCCGACCCAGAUGGACUACCUGAGUGCCGCCAGUGACCUGGAGGACACAGACGGAGAGGCCAUCACAGACGGAGAGGCCUACACUGACAAUGAGGACCUGGAGGAGGCCUAUCCUGGUCAGAACGUCGCCAGGUUCCCACAAAGCUCCAGAAAUCAAGGUGCCGCUUUGGCUCGAUCGUCCGAACCGGCCUUGGAGUACGAAACCCCGCCUGUUGAACGAGAGCCGAGUGAGAACGGCUAUUCGGACAGAGAAAUCCCACCGUUGAUGCAUGUGCCAGAGCCCAGGUCGACCCGACAGCACGACUACAGCCCGCCCCGGAGUCCCGCUGCAGAGGAAGAGACGUCUCAUCGCAGUUUCUCAGACUCUGACUUCGAUGCUCUUGAUGUCGACCAACGCUCAGAUGGACCACCAGAUUUUGUAGCCCCCGAUCCUUCAAACCGACACUCCAUAAACAGACCAUCAUAUGAAGAGGAGGCGCCAGAGAGCCCGCAGCCCGCCCCGCUGUCAGCCAUCGAGGAGCGAUUAGAGCAGACACGUAUGGCAGAACCACAAGCCCAGGCUGAGGGAAAGAAAGGCCCGGCCUUCAUUGUGUUGGCUCAUCACCACCAAGCGGUCCAGUACAGACGGACGCAGAUCCAAGGCAGCGACAGCUCCGACGAUGACGAGUUUGACGACGAUGACGUGGUGGACGACGUGGAAUGGGGUCCCGCCACGGAGCUGUAGAGGAACAGGGGAUUCAAGAUGGCGCCAAUAACAGUUUCACUCCAUUAACCCAUUAUUGAUUGCUAGAUUUUUUAAAUGUGUCUAGAGAGGGCAAUGUUGUCAAAUGUUUGACAAAGCUUCAGAAUUUCCCAUCGCAAACAUUUUGCCCCGCAAACAUGAGAUCAAAGUGCCUGUUUUUUUUCAGUUUUAUAUUUAUUAUGCUUUAAAAAUACUUUAAAAAAUGUUUGUUAUAACUGUUGUAAAAUAUUAAUUCUAGUUAUAUUAGCAAUGAUGUCAAACACAGAAGACCACUCAUGAAAACAGUUUUUAAAACUUUUCUACAAUAAACCAUUGUUUCUAAUUCAGA